CCCUUAUCCCUUCCCAAGCUAAAACCUUUCUUCACAUUUCCUUAUCAACGAUCUCCUAGAUCUUUAUCAUUUGCAUGUUACACUCGUAAGGCCUUAUAAAAGGAUUCAUGAGGCAUUUGUUUGUACAUUUGCCUUCUGCGGCGAACAUCUAGAUCGCUGUGGCUGGCCAUGGCAAGGAUGAUGUAUGGUUGUUUCAUAUUAUGGCUCGGCCUUCUUUCGCCGGCCGCCACGGUCCUCGCCACCGGCAACCUGGCCGGAAAGUAUGUGACUGCUCUGGGAGAUCCAGGCAUGAGAAGAGAUGGACUGAGGGUGGCGUUCGAAGCGUGGAACUUCUGCAAUGAGGUCGCCGAAGAGGCUCCCAAGAUGGGAAGUCCUCGGCUGGGUGACUGCUUCGACGUCUUUGUUAAGGACUCUCACAAACGUGGUUGGAAACACUGCGAACCAUGCAACCAGACGGGAGAACAUCUCUUGAUUCACAGAGUGGAUGAGGCUGACAACAGGUUGAGUGUGGGGGAUCCCUUCCCUGGGGGCUUCUCUACCACCCUCAACAACACUGACCUUUAUGCAGUGGAAAAGGAGCAGUACUUGGGUGCAAAGUGCCAGGUUAGGGACAGACCAAGCCCAUGGCAGUUCUGGAUGGUCAUGCUCAAGAAUGGAAAUUUGGACACUCUAGCAGGCCUCUGUCCUUCAAAUGGGCGCAAGGUAGGGCCAUUUCCACAUGAGAGCAGGUUCCCCUGCUUUGGCACAGGCUGCAUGAACCAACCUUUGAUGUACCACAACUACACCACCCUGAAGGGUGACAGACUAAGUGGCAGUUUCUACGGGACAUACGACCUAGAUGGUGAAAGCCAUCUUCAUGAAGAUCUGGCAACUACCAAACUUUCAUAUUAUUCAGUUACAUGGGAGAAGCAGCUUGGCAAGGGCGGGUGGAAAUUUCACCAUUUUCUUAAGACCAACAAGAAGUAUCCAUGGCUCAUGCUGUACCUUAGGGCAGAUGCACAUGAAGGUCUCUCUGGUGGGUACCAUUAUCAGACAAGAGGCAUGACGAAGAUUAUCCCAAAAUCACCAGACUUCAAAGUGAGACUGACUUUAGAUAUCAAGCAAGGUGGAGGACCCAAGAGCCAAUUCUACCUCAUGGACAUUGGAAGCUGUUGGAAGAACAACGGCCAGCCAUGUGAUGGAGACGUAACGACUGAUGUUACUCGUUACAGCGAGAUGAUACUGAAUCCAAAUACAACAGCAUGGUGCUCUCCUACUAACCUUAAUACAUGCCCGCCGUACCACACUCUCCCGAAUGGCACAAGAAUACACAGAACUGACACGUCCAACUUCCCCUAUGGCGCUUAUCACAUGUACUGCUCUCCUGGAAAUGCAGAACAUCUGGAGGAACCGUACAACUUGUGUGAUGCCUACAGCAACCCUCAACCACAGGAGCUGGUGCAGAUCCUCCCACAUCCUGCAUGGGGUGACUAUGGCUAUCCUACAAAGCCAGGUGAAGGUUGGAUCGGUGAUCCGAGAACAUGGGAACUCGAUGUUGGCAGGCUCUCUCAGGCUUUGUUCUUUUAUCAGGACCCUGGUACUCCACCAGCUAAAAGAGAAUGGCCAUCUCUUGAUGUUGGAACAGAGAUAUAUGUGAGCGAAGAAGGUGAAGUAGCAGAGUGGAUAUUGAGCGACUUCGAUGUCAUUGUCCCGAGGCCAAAACGCAGGCACUCUCUUAAACAUAGGUUCUGAUAAAUAACAUAAUAGGUUAUUUUUUAAUAUAUGCACCAAGAGUUCUUUUUUUGGUCAAUUUCGUUACAGAAUUUUAAUAGUAAGUUGCCCUCGAGUGACACAAUUUAAUGAUAGUUUUACUGGAUAUUAGUGUUCCAGUGGAACUUGUUUUCAA